AUGCGAGCGCUCUCCUCCGUGGGCGUGGGCGGCGGCGGUAGCGACACCAGCAAUACCAGCAGAAGAAGCAACAACACGCCGUCCGGUUGCGACAAUCUCUCGACUGCUCCCCCGGCCCCGUCUCCCUCACCUUCACCCAGGCACGCCGGCGAUCCAUUGACAUCGCCGCCACCGAAAAGCAUUCAGGCGCACACUCCCGCCCGUCCCCAGCAAGGCAAGCCGCACCCAAGCCACCAACAACACCAAAAACACCUCGUCGUCAAGCAAGGAAAGCAGCCGCCGCCCGACUCGUCCCGACCCAGGAGGAACAUCAGGCCAUCCAUCACACCCGCCACCCGCAUCAACCCCGCCGCAUCUGCUCAUCGCACAUCAUCCAACCCGUCCAGACCACCUGGGACGACGACGGCAUCAUCUCGCCCAUCGGCUGUCCCCUCGGGUUCUUCUGGUGCCUCUGCUGGUCCAACCUCCGCAACAUCGUCGCCCGCCGCCGUCGCUGUCGACCGCAAACCCGUAGCGGCCCAGCUCCGAACCACAAAUAAUCCCACCUCGACUACUAACACCAAUCCCGCCGCUGUCGAUCCCUCUCCCACCCCUACUGCUGCUACGGCUGCGGCAGCUCCUACCACCACCACCACCACCACCACCACCACACGCCAACCACGGCCACUUACCGCUGCUGCCACUGGCCCACCAACGACAAACGGGCCCCGACGCAUCACAGCUGCUGCCACCAGUACCAGCACUACCACCACCACCAAAACAAGCACCACUACCGCCGGCCCAAACACAACAUCGUCACCCUCACCUCCCACCACCACCACCACCACCACCUCGUCAACACCGACAACAACACCAUUACCACCACACUCAACGCCAACGUCAACGCCAUCCUCUACCUCGAGACGACGACCGCCUACCCUGUCCUCCAGCUUGCGCACACCACUCCACACACGAGACCAAAAUGUCCUGAACCCCUCUCGUCCUGCAAACGCCGCGCGAGCGAAGCCUUCCCCUACCCCGUCACCCACCGGCACAUCCUCAGCGUACGCUUCCGCUCCCUCCACACCCACCAUGCCCCCCUACGAGAAAGGGGGCAGCACCACCGCCCGCCAACCCGCGAUGCCUUCCCUCAGCGCAAAGGCAAUCAGCCGAACUCCUCUGACCCCGAAAGUCGCUGCGAAACCUUCUCCCCCCGUCGUGACCCCCAUGGGCCGUCGCCGCAACGACAACACAAGUAAUAACAUCAAUCACCCCACGCUACCGCACACAAAUGGCGCUGUUGUGAGGGACGACCUGACGAGCCCUGCGCCUUUCCUGGCGGCGAGCAACGUCACCCCUCGCACCGGGAGUCGUCAGAGCCGUGUCAACAGUGCCAACACAACUCCGAAUGGCACUCCGGAUCCGGACAGGAACGAAUGGGAGCGCCAGCCGACACUUGAGCCUCCGAGGCGGCAGGUCGUCACCUUCAGCCCGCCUUCGAGCGUCAGCAGCAGGAACGACGCAAACGAUUCCAAGUUUUUUUACGCUAGCGAGGCAAAACCGUCGCAACCUUCCCAACCGAAAGUUCAGCCUCUCAAAGCUCAGCCCAGACCUCAAGCUCUCCAGCAGCGAGGCUCGACUUUCAUGUACGCCAAUGGCGGUGCUGUCGAGAAGAAUAGGCCUACAUCACCCGGCAUUGGUUUCACCCCCGUCCUGGCGCCGUCGCUUGCACCGUCCCUCUCUCCGCCUCUCGCGCCGACGCCGGAGCCGCCAUCGAGCAAGUUCUUCUACGCCAAUGGAGCUCCGAACUUACAGCCUGGCUUCCGGCCCUCGUCUGCGGCGUCGAUGACGGGAUCAGUCACUUCGGGGUCGAGCAAGCUGCAUAGGAUAUCAGCAGGCUCCGCGAAUGGCUUCCCUCUGGCCCAGCGCCCUCUGUCGCCGAACAAGCCAGCCCAACCCCCGACGUCCGCGCCGUUAGUCAAGAGCAAUAGCAUGCCGCCUCAGACCGUUGGCCGAGCCCAAAUGACAAGUCCUCCGCCGCUUGCACCGCCAUCACAUAAGCGUAGGACGAGCACCGAUACGCUUUCGCAGGUGGCCAGUUAUGCUGGAUCAGAAGCGCCAGCGACAGAUGCCAUGAUCAUGUCCAGGUUCAUGGCUUCACAGUCAUCGACGCCUUCCGAGUUGCCGUCUCCGACAGUACCGAGUUUCUUCGCCCAGCAACCGAUCACGAUUGCAUCGAUAUUACAGGCAGCAGAUGACCUUGAAGAAGAGGAGGAAGAUUCCGCUGAUGAGUCCGAUGACCUCGAGGACCUUCACAGCCCGACCAAAUCAUCCCACGGUGACCCGCUGAACGACAUGGUCCUUAAUGCAAGACGAGAGCGCAAGGUUCAGGAUCUGGAAAUUACCAACGCGUCUCUCGAGGCAAUCAACAGGUCGCUGGAGAAACAAUUACGAAAGCAGACCGCAGAGCUCAGGAGGUACAAGAGGCUGUCAAGGUCCGGUCGUAUAUCCAUUCCUCCCUCGGGCGGGUCGAGCCGCAUGACUUCCGUCGAAUCUACCCCUGCGGGCCUAGGCAUUGAAGGACUGGACUUAUCGGAUCUCAGCGAGGAGGAGGCGGAGGAAGAGAUGGACGAUUCCAUGUUUGAGUCAUCAGAGUUUUCUGAAACGGAUUCCAUGUCAAUCUCGAGCCCUAAGCAAGAUCCAGAACGAGACCUACGCCGCCGGACUCGGGACGAGAAGCGCCUGCGCUUGGAUCUCUCCAAGCAUAGGGAACUGCUUGUUGAUAGCCAAAAAAUCAACGUGAGCAUCAAGAGAUGCUUGAAUUGGACAGAAGAGCUUAUCAAGGAGGGUAAGAAGGCCCUCGAGUAUAGCGUCCGCCCUAGCGAUGUGGAGCUGCCCCCGCGGGUGCUCCGCCCGGCAUACCUGGAGGAGAACGAAGAUUGGGAGCGGGGACAGAAGGACGAGUUCACAACCUCAUUACCGAGCAGCCCAUUAGAUUCCCCAAGGAGUCUUUCGCCACACUGGAGCAAACCGCAAGACCGCGAUAGUGGCAUCGAGCUGCCUCCGGAUGAAGCAUCGAAGAGGUACAACACAAUAACAUAA